AACAGGAGAUAAUCUCUGGAGGAAAGCAAGCUGAGACUUAGAGCCUAGCUCUGUGACUUCUUGAAUCAGCCCUGCUUGAGCCAGUGAAGCUUCCUGUGUUAGACCAGAAAUAAUAAGGAAAAUGGUGUUCCUCAUACAUGCUAGACCCACAGGACAUGAAGCCAUCUGGUGGGACACUAAAUUCCUCGGGAACCACUACAGGGAAGGAUUUCCAACCUUCUUGUCUUCACAUACCAGACCAUGUGGGCGGCAGAGACCAAGGCUCUCACCUGCCCCUCCCCGACACAUCACCAAGUGGUACCUGAUAGAGCCAGCUGAAUCUCAGAAGUUCACUUUUCAGGUCAGAGGAGCUGUGCCAGCAAUUAUUUACACACCCACGGAUUUCUGCUCUUCUCGACCCUGUCCAAAAGGCUGCUUUUGCAGUGGGUCGUGGUGAAUGCACAGUCUCUUCCCUGGUCAAACUGCAUGUGUUUAUCAUUCACCUGUCCUGCCUGCCCCAGGGAGUCUAUGGAUUCCCCCUUUUAGUCCAGAUACUAUUUCUUCAUACAGGUGUCUAUAAAGAAAAUCCUCAGCCAUGAAGCACACUAUUGUUACAUCUGACUAUAUUAGUUCCAAGAAUUUCUCCUGUGAACACAAUACAGUACACAGCAGGUAAAAUUCAAGAGACAAGACCCUGAAGGGAACACAGUUUAAAUUAGAUCAGCAGUUACAAAAUGGGAACCAGAAGCUAUGCAGCUUAGCAGUUCAGCUUGUACCAGGCCUUGCACAGAAGAGAGUAGUAAACUGAGCGCCAAUCACCUUCAGAUGGGAACAUUCUUUGGAUGUUUGGUGUACCUGAUGCAAAAGGGUUUCUGUGUUGGUAGUGGAAAGGACACUUGCUACAGAAAACAAGCUGGGACAUUCUGAGAUCCUGUCUCUGAUAACAACACCCCCUCCCUGUGACAAGAGCCCAGUUUGUCACUGUUUGUAAAGCUGGCUCUGGGUACAGUCACAGAGCAGACAGGCUUCUCAUGAUGAAGACACAAAAAUGCUCAUGAUAACAAUAAAAUCCCUGGAAAGACCCUCUCGAUGCGUUUACUGUAAAAUGGUGGGUCACGGUCACCGAGCCCUACGCCCAUGGCUGAAUUCUCGUCAAUGAUGGUGAGGAUUUACACUAUAUGGCCUUGAGAGGCUACAUGGAUGGGCCUGGCACAUAAAAUACAAUGCAGAAGAAGGGAAGCGAUCCACAGAUAGAAACAUGUGGUAUGGUUUCCACUAUAUAGCUCCAUAUAAACUGCAUUGUUUAUGGAAUUGCACCCUACAGCAUUCCAAGCAGGGAGACCUGAGGAGCUGGCUGCACUUUCCAGAUUUCAUUAUCAAUUGCUUCAACUGCCAGGUUUCCCACCUGUAGGUGGAAGGGUGCCAGUGUGUUUUGGCCCGAUUUCUUCUCCUGACUCCUGCACCAGGAGGACGAAAGACCACGUAUGUGAAAAACUUAGACCCAGGACAUGGCUCACAGUAACCAAUGUUGCGGAUUGUAUGUGUGCACUUGUAGCAAUCAUCUACUCAGAAAUGGUGUGUGUGUGUGAUUGGAGCAGACAUCUCCUCAAAUGAUGUGAGUGAGAGUGUGUCGGUGUGUCUGUGUGCUUGGAGUGGGCAUCUCCUUAGAAAUGGUGUGAGUGAAUGUGUGUGUGUGUGUGUGUGUGUGUGUGUGUGUGUGUGUGUGUCUGUGCUUGGAGCGGGCAUUUCCAGCAGAAAUUGUAGCAGCCUUGAGGUAGUCCAUUUCCUGCGGGUAAUACAGUUUAUCCUGUCUGAAGUUUUCUCCUCGGCCCAGCAGCACACAACUUCCAAGGCAGGAGAAGCGCCAGGGAAGAGGCUGAGCUCCGGGAGGGGCCACAAGAUGCCGACCUGCCGCCCACUGGGAGGAACGUGUUCGGGCCCGCGGCAGGGGGCGGGGUCGCGCCUCCGCCUCGGCUCUGGUUCCAGCCGAGCCUCACCGACGCAGAGAUGGAAAUCCCGAGGCUGCUCCCGGCUCGCGGGACACCACAGGGCGGCGGCGGCGGCGGCUGCUGCCCCGCGGGUGGCGGCGGGGUGCCCCGAGCCCCGGAGUCUCUGGCUUGUCAGGCCCCCACGCGCCGCCUCCUCCUGCUCCGGGGGGCCCAAGAUGGCGGGCCGGGGCCGCGGAGCGCAGAGGCCCAGAGGGCCUCACGGGGCCUGGGCCCGAGCCCUAGCGCGAACCGCUUGGCGCCGAGGCCGGAUCCCAGGAGCCGCGGCGGCGGCGGCGGCAGAGGGGGCAGAGGCGGCGGCGGCGGCGGCGGCGGCGACGACUUCUUCCUGUUGCUGCUCGACCCGGUGGGUGGCGACGUAGAAACGGCGGGCGCGGAGCAGGCCGGAGGGCCGGUGCGGAGGGAGGAGGCCGGGACAGGCCCGGGGCCAGAGCGGCGCGCGAGCGGCGCGGCGAACCCCGCGGGCCGGCCCGAGCCGGGGCCCCGGCGCCCGUCGGCCGCGCCGGCUCCGUCGCCGCUCCCCGCGGCGGGCCCGGGCUCGGGCCCGGGCCCCGGCCCCGGCCCCGCGGCGGCCUUCGCGGGCACCAUCACCAUCCACAACCAGGACUUGCUGCUGCGCUUCGAGAACGGCUUCCUCACCCUGACCACGCCCCCGCUGCCCGCCUGGGAGCCGGGGGUCGCGCCGGUCCCGCAGCCGCAGCCCGGGGUCCCCGGAGGCCCCGGCGGCCCGGACGGCCCGCAGGCCGGCUGCCCGCCCGCCGCCGCGGCCGCCGCCGCCGCCGCCGCCACGGCCGCCGGCUCCUCGCAGCUGGGCGACUGCCCCGAGCUGCCACCCGACCUCCUGCUGGCCGAGCCGGCGGAACCCGCGCCCGCGCUGGCGCCUCCGGAGGAGGAGGCCGAGGCCCCGGCCUCCGCCCAGAGCCCCCGCGGGCCUCUCGGCCCGGGCCAGGGCCAGGGCCCGGGCCCGGGCGUGCUGCUCUACCUGUGCCCGGAGGCGCAGUGCGGCCAGACCUUCGCCAAGAAGCACCAGCUGAAGGUGCACCUGCUGACGCACAGCAGCAGCCAGGGCCAGCGGCCCUUCAAGUGCCCCCUGGGCGGCUGCGGCUGGACCUUCACCACCUCCUACAAGCUCAAGAGGCACCUGCAGUCGCACGACAAGCUGCGGCCAUUCGGCUGCCCGGUGGAGGGCUGCGGCAAGAGCUUCACCACCGUGUACAACCUCAAGGCGCACAUGAAGGGGCACGAGCAGGAGAACUCCUUCAAGUGCGAGGUGUGCGAGGAGAGCUUCCCCACGCAGGCCAAGCUCAGCAGCCACCAGCGCAGCCACUUCGAGCCCGAGCGGCCUUACCAGUGCGCCUUCUCCGGCUGCAAGAAGACCUUCAUUACCGUGAGUGCCCUGUUCUCUCACAACCGCGCCCAUUUCAGGGAACAGGAACUCUUCGCCUGCUCCUUCCCCGGCUGCAGCAAGCAGUACGACAAGGCUUGCCGCCUCAAGAUUCACCUGCGCAGCCACACGGGAGAGCGGCCUUUCCUUUGCGACUUUGACGGCUGUGGCUGGAACUUCACCAGCAUGUCCAAACUCCUGCGACACAAGAGGAAGCACGAAGACGACCGCAGGUUCACCUGUCCCGUGGAGGGCUGCGGCAAGUCCUUCACCAGGGCCGAACACCUCAAGGGCCACAGCAUCACCCACCUGGGCACGAAGCCCUUCGUGUGCCCCGUCGAAGGCUGCUGUGCCAGGUUCUCUGCCCGCAGCAGCCUCUACAUCCACUCCAAGAAGCACUUGCAGGACGUGGGCACCUGGAAGAACCGAUGCCCGGUCUCCACCUGCAACAAACUCUUCACGUCCAAGCACAGCAUGAAGACCCACAUGGCCAAGAGGCACAACCUCAGCCAGGACCUCUUGGGCCAGCUCGAAGCCGCCAACUCUCUCACGCCCAGCAGUGAACUGGCCAGCCAGGGGCAGAGCGAUCUCAGCAGCCCCGAGCUGGUGUCUCUCUUCUCGGAUGUGCCCGGCCACAGUUCUGCCGCGGCGCUGGACACGGCCCUGGUCAACUCUGGCAUCUUGACGAUUGACGUGGCCUCUGUCAACUCCACUCUCGCAGGAGGUCUCCCUGCCGAGAACAGUGACCAUUCCUUAGGGCCAGCGGCGGACCCCCGGGCCCUGAGGGCCCCCAGUGACCUUCCCCAGGGACUGGAUACCUCUCUCUUCUUCGGAACCUCCUCGGUGGCCGCUUAUCAGCAGAGCCCCUUAGACAUGGACGAUGUCCCCGGGGGAAGCGUGGGGGGGCUCUUUGGCUCCCUGGCCCUGAAAAACUCAAGCCUGGAGCCCCAAGCUUUGACACCCAGCAAUAAGUUAACCGUGGACACGGAAGCUCUGACUCCCUCCAGCACGCUUUGUGAAAACAGUGUCUCGGAACUGCUGACCCCUGCCAAAGCCGACUGGAACGUGCAUCCCGACUCUGACUUCUUUGCCCACGAGGAAGAGACCCAGUUUGGAUUCUCCAACCCAAUGGGAAGCCACGGUUCUCAGAAAGAAACAGAUCUCAUCACGGUGACUGGCACCCCGUUUUUGGUAUGAACCUACUCUGCCCAGCCCAGCCCAGCCCUGCCCUGCCCUGCCCUGCCCUGCCCUGUCGUGCCCUGCCGUGCGGCUCACUUUCAUCACACUCUGGUCUGAGGAUCUUCUGGAAGGAGUGCUUCCGUGCAGUCGUUUCUUGCUGCUUUGCAGAGGAACGCGUCUGUGGA